UAGAACAGUGAAGAAUUAAACAUUGAAUAAUCAACAUUUCCGAUCCUACUGCGUUGACGACAGUUCGCUUUUUUGUUGUUAUCGUUCCCUUUGUGUAAUCGUGUCGUAUAUUUUUGUCAUAUUACUUUACUGAGUUAUAAAAUAAACCUUGAAUAAAACGGUAAUAACAACAUUAACAAACAAUUCGUGCCUAUUAAAAAUAUUAUGUCUCGGUAAUCAUUUUAUAGAAAGACUUUGUUUACAAACAAAAGAAAAAAAAUGUGGUCACAUUUAGAACGUGGCAGUUCACCAGUGGACUGGUGUGAAUCAAAUUAUUCUAUAUCACCAGUUAUAGCCGAAUUUGUUAACACCAUCAGCAAUAUAUUGUUUUUCUUAUUCCCACCAGUACUCAUACAUUUAUUUCAAGAAUAUGCCAAAUUCUUCAACCCAGCCAUAAAUGUUUUGUGGGUUCUUUUAAUGGUUGUAGGACUUAGUUCAGCUUAUUUCCAUGCAACAUUGAGUUUAGUGGGUCAGUUACUUGAUGAGCUUGCUAUUUUAUGGGUGUUCAUGGCUGCUUUUGCAAUGUUUUUACCUAAAAGAUAUUUUCCUAAAUUCUUAGGAGGAAACAGGAGAGUUUUAGCGUUCUAUUCAAGUGUGAUUUCUGUGGUGUCGACGGGACUUCUAGUGAUGCACCCGAAAGCAAAUGCGUUUGCUCUCAUGACGCUUGCUCUACCAGCAAUUGGAUUCUUAUGUAAAGAAUUAAACAGAGUAAAAUGUGCACGCGUUUAUCGUUUGGGAUUGCGAUGUGUGGCGGUCUGUUUCUUAGCAAUAUUCUCUUGGAUAAUAGACCGUAUGUUCUGCGAUACAUGGCUCUCCAUAAACUUCCCAUACAUGCACGGUGUUUGGCACAUUCUUAUAUUCAUAGCUAGUUACACAGCUCUCGUCCUCUUCGCAUACUUCAAUGUGUCUGAGGAGCGACCCGAACAGAAACCACAAUUGAAGUAUUGGCCCAAAAACGACUUCGAACUUGGUGUUCCGUAUAUAACUUUAAGACAUCCGUGCAAGAAAGACACACAUUUAGCCAUUUAAAAUAAAUGGUUCUGUUAAUUUGAUUAUUUAAAAUGUGUGUACAUAUAAAGCAAUUCAAAUCAUACGUCAUAAUCGCACGUCGAUCAAUGGCAGCUCGACAUUUCUCUUUUUUUAUUUAAUUGAAUAUUAUCGUUUCUUUAAAUUAUCAGAUGUUUUGAAGAUGUAUGUGAUAAGACGCGUUUUUCUCAUCAGUAGAAUUAGUUAAUUAUAUUUUGUGUGAUCCUAGAAAGUGUGCCAAUCUGUGAUUAUUAGAUUACUAAUGAUAAAGUGCAAUGAUAUUUUAUUAUUAUUAUUUUGAUGACAGCAGCUACACUCGCAACAGCUUGACAAUCCAGCUAUUUAUGUAUAUACGAUGUUAUUUAAAUUAAUUAUUGUGGCUGAAAUAUAAUAGUUGUAUUUAAGUCGUACGGCGUACCGUAACAUAUGUAGUGAAUGGUACCUAUGGACUUAUUGAUCAUUCUUGUUUAUUUUUGCAAUCACAAUUGUGUCAUGUUUCAGAUAUAAUAAAUCAGUUUAUUUUUUGAAAUUCUUCUAAAAUCUAAGCUAAAAAUACCCAAUUAAAUAAAUUUUUUAUUGUUUCAGUAUUUUUUUAAAAAUUAUAUUAUUUUUUCUUUUUAAUUUAAUCGGUAAUUGUUUUAAAAAACAAGAGAAAACAUCACAAUGCUUUUUAAUGUAUUUAUAAAUUAUUUCUUUAUUAAAAAUAUUAGUUGUCUUUUGAUUCGAUUAAACAGAUGCCUUUGCCUAUAAAACUAAUGUUUUAUGUUUACAAAAGUACAAUUUGCUUAAAUUAAAACUAGAGUAUUUACAAAAUUUAUG